AUGUACAAAAAUGCUCUUUUAGCUUGGCUUACUUUUUAUCAUGAUAAUUUGUUUUACAGUUUGAACUAUUUAACAGAAAAAACUCGUCUUUUGUGGUUCGAUGUGAAUUCGUUUCACCCAGCUUUCGUUCCUAAAAUAUGUUCUAUCAAACAACGAUCCAAUCGUGGCUGCGCCAUAGAAUUUCAAAGCACAAUUUUUGAACGAUUUAAUGUCGAUUCAGCAACUGUUGUAAUAACGCUGUUUAUUGAUCGCUGUAGUUUUAUAUACUACAAUGGCUCUCAUUGUUAUAAUCCAUCGAUUGAUUUCGUUUGUGGCGACUGUUUGAAGAAAUUUUGCUAUGACCAUGCAAUAGAACAUGAACAUACAGACGAAGCCGAAAUCAGAAGAUCGAGCGCGUUUUCUUCGAUGUCAAGUUUGAAUGAUAAUCAGUUGACUGACGCACAGAAAUCGUCAUUCGAUGUACCUAUGUCACCAUGCUCUUCUUGCAAUAGUUCAUGUGCGUGUUCUUGCUCAACAAGCUCAUCUUCAUCAAAGUCGGUUUUUGUCUCAGACGAUUCUGUGAUCAUUUUUCAUCCAAUAGCCGUAUCCACGCAAGCAAUUCUUAAUAACAAUUCUAAUUUAUCAGCUACACAGGAUAUGCAGGAGAGCGUUAGUCUUGCUUCAAUUGAUUUCGUUGCCAAUGUUUUAUCUUCAAGAGAAAACAAUCAGCUAAACGUUUCUCCAGAAGCACUAAAUGAAUCAAUAGAUGUUUUACCUAAUGGAGUGGUCUCGAACGAUCUUCUUUUGACAUUGCAAUCUACUUUGACAGAUAAUUCAACGAACACAAAGCGGAAAAAAGCUUUUCAAAAUAAAAGUCAUAUUAAGGACGACAACGACAGAUUAAAUCGAGUCCAUUUCUUUUUGAAAAACAUCAAAACAAACAUGACUUAUCUAGAUGCAUUUACUUCUAUUGCAACAAUGUUUCCAUUAAUUCAAAUCGCACCGACCAAUGAUUUGACCAAGAUACGAUAUUUAUGUGUUGCCGGUAGUAUUCGUGUUGUUUUAAACUAUGUUGGUUCGGGUGAAUAUUUAUAUGUAACAAAUGGGGACCGAUUCAAUGAAGAAAUGAAGCUAUUAGCUAAUGGGAAAUAUAUUGAAUCAUCGAUUUAUACCUGUAAAAAAGAAAACUUUGCAUCGGAUGAUUAUCGAAAGAAGCAAGAAGAUGUUGCUACCGCAGCCUUCGAACAAGAAUCGUUUAAUAGCGCGGUUGAUAUAGUGAAAAAAAAUUUGAAAUUCGAAUAUCUCGUACGAGGUAAACAAAUAAGAGAAAACAUUGACUAUGAAUUACGAACUGCUAAAAAGCGCCAAGCGAUGGAAUACGCGCCACCACAUGAUGUUUCAUCAUUCAUAAUUCCUGAUGAACAUCGACAACAAAUACAAGAAUGGCUAGACAAUGAUUUUCAAAAGCGAAUUGAAAAUAAAAUUACUCGUUCUAGAUGUCUAUUCAUGGUUGGCCCAACUAAACAUGAUAGAACGAAGAUGUUGAUUAAUAGAACCUAA